AUGAACGGUUUAGAGAUAUUCUUCAGCCUCGUCGAAGGACCAACACACUGGCUGUGCAAGUCUACAGUACCUGAAGAUGGAACUGCCCGACGGCCACUCGAUUCGUCUAGUCAGCACACUCGUGCUCGCAAUUAUGAGCAAGUCAGUGCCAGCUCACCUCUUGCUCCUCCAUCUAAGAUCCUGGUAUGGCAUCAAAUGUUACGAAUGCUGUUGAGACCACAGGAUGAAGCUCUGAGCCGCCCACUCGGGGCACGUUUCGUCUUUCAACGUACCUGCAUCGUGACAUUGUCGAUCUGCGUAUAUACAGCUGUGCACCUCAAUAUCCCCCAGGCGGGCACCAGCAACUCCGCUAUCCACAGCAAGAGAUUCGGCUGGGUAUGA